AUGCACAUCAGCGAGAUAUAUGUGUAUCCCAUCAAAUCCCUCCAACCAACCAGACUCACAGAGGCUACCAUCACUCGCCAUGGCAUCCUCUACGACAGAUGCUUCAUGCUCCUGAAAGUUGUGGAUGAUGCCCCAAACAACUGGCUGAAGAACAUGCACGUCCCAGAAUUCCCACAAAUGUCCCUUUUCUUGACCGAACUCGUCUUGUCCGAGGAGAAGAAUGGCAAGAUCAUCGUCACCUAUCAAGAACCGCCAGUCUCCUCAUGCAGAAACCCAAGAACUCUAGAGAUACCCCUGCAGCCUGGUCUGGAUGGGCUGGAAGAAAUUUCCAUCACGAUGCACCAGAGUCCCAUCGUGGGCUACAACAUGGGCAGUAAAUAUAGCGACUGGUUCAGCGACUGCUUCGGAUUCCGUGUCGUGCUCGCAUACACAGGGCAGAAUCGAAGGCGCGUCCUAGGAUCGAUGAAUCCAAACAUUCGUCGAGAGGGCUGGCUAUCUACACUUACAACUUACGUGCCGCGACUUGGCCCCGGGCACGGCAAAGACGAAAAAGAAGAAGGAAUACUCACGUUCGCGGACUGCGCCGCUUACAUGGUGGUUAAUGACAUGUCGGUGAAGCAAGUCGCGAGUCGAUUCCCAGAGGGCCACGGCGGAGUUGAGGUUACCAGAUUCCGGCCCAAUCUGGUAGUUGGCGGAGCAGAGAGUGCGUGGGAAGAAGACUUUUGGGCAGAGCUGAGUCUUGGGGGAGGUGAUGUGCAGCUUGUGCUGACGUCGAAUUGCGUUCGGUGUCGUUCGUUGGACGUCGACUUCGACACGGGGGGUUUCCACAAGACGGACGAUGGGAUGGUCUACAAGAAAUUGAAUAAAGAUCGACGUGUCGACAAGGGAGCGAAAUAUAGCCCUGUGUUUGGUCGGUAUGGGUUUUUGAAGGGGGAUGUGGUGGUGGCCAAGAUACGCGUUGGAGACGCUGUGAGGGUCGACAAGACGGCCACGGAACGGACGACAUUCGAUUGGCCAGUUUCACAUUGCCCCUAA